CAUAAAUUAUAUAUAUUAGAUUUUAUAUUUCGCGCACUAUUGUAGGCUCAACGCAUGCUCCGUAUCGUUUCGUUUCAUCGAUAUGGCAGAUUUCCUAACCCUAAAAUACUUUAGCAUUUAAUUAUUAGUUUCAGAGUGACGAGCGGCGAUUUUUGUCUUUCAAAUAAUUAUUGCAAUACAACGAGAUGUCGAAGCAUAAGUGUACUUUCGCCAAAGUGCAAGAUGAGGACCCUAAACUUAGCACGCGCGAACGACUCUUAUGUAAGAGAGUGUUCAGCGAAAAAAGCAGACCUCCAGUGAAUGGCGAGAAAGUGGCAGUUCUCGGAAUCUUACGGCACACAUAUGUUUCACGAAACGGAGUAGAGAAUGCCGAAAUGUGUGCUAAUUGCAUUAUGACUUAUUGACUUAUCCGUAAAGAGAUUAAAGAUGAGAUAAAAUGAUGUUUUGCCGAUAAGCGGGAUGUAAGUUAAAACUUAUUACAGCGUACCACAUAAUUGAAACUUAUAUACAUAUGUGUAGCAACGAUUAAAAGGCAAGAAAAAACGAAAAAAAUGACCCUACUGCAACAAUUUGCGGAUUUGUUGAGCCUGAUAACAAUAGGCAUGUGCUUCGUAUUGAAAAUUCCACAGAUAUUGAAAUUGAUCUCUGUAAAAUCAGCUGAUGAGAUGUCGACGCUAGGAUUAUUUUUAGAAUUGACAAGUUACACUGUGAUGACUAGUUACAAUUAUACGAAUGGAUACUCGUUGCUGUCCUACUUGGAGUAUCCGAUAAUAUUAGCGCAGGAGUACAUACUGAUAUUCUUUGUGCUAAAAUAUUUGAACAGGAUCAAUAUGUGGUCCUUCUUAGGUGCCAUAGUAUACUUUACGCUGAGCAGUUGCUUAUUGUUGGGAAUUGUUCCCAAAAUUGUACUUACACUCUUAGCGCCAAUGUGUACACCGAUCUCAGCUUCCAGUAAAGUCGUUCAGUUGCUGGCUAUACUUCGAGCUAAAAACGCAGAGUCGGUAUCGCCUCUCACCUGGUUUAUAUCCGCCUUCACUAAUCUGACGAGAGUAUUCACCAUAUGGAUGGACUCUGCCGAUAUAUUGCUGCUGGGGAACUUUAUCAUCUCGGUCCUGCUGAGUUCCAGCAUCAUGUUCUCCGCUCUUUAUUACAGAAGCCACCCGUUAAAGCAGGAUUAAAUAAAAGAAAAAAAACAGGGAAAUUAUACAUCUAGUCGCAAGCGUAUGCUAUGAAAUAGAUAACUGUGCCAUAUUUGUGUGACAUAUUUUUGUUGAGAGCGUAAUCAUGAAAGGUAUACUAUAUUUUAUUUCUGCUAAUAAAAUAUUUUAAUUUAAAUAAUCUGCUAAUAAAA